GGCUCAGGCUUGCAGGACUUCUCCAGACUUCUCCACCGACAGUCAACUAUUAACAUCAUCUUUCCUUUGGAUAUAUUCUCAGACCAUCUCGACAUUUAUAACCAUCGUAAUCGAACGGCCAGUCUCAUUUGAUUAUGCAGUCACUUUGUAGAGACUGGGAGAACCUAUCGAACAAGGCAGCAUCGAACCAUUCCAAGGUCACAGAGGAUAUCGAUAGGGUCAUCUCCGAUCUAGAGUCCCUCAGGGACCUCAUACAACGAGGCUCGCAGAUCGAAGGAUUUCAGAUCAAGCAGAACAAUGGCCUUCAACCAAUCAUGAAUCGCUCAAAGGCAGCAACGAAGGCGGCCUUACAAUCUCACAAAGAGCUAUAUUCACUCACGUCAAAAUGGCAAAAGAUGAUCGAGAAAAAGUUCAACCAAACCGUCCUUCCAUUACUUGGCACCAACCUCGUCCCAGGCCCUCAAACCGAAACACCCAAAUCUAAGCAACCCUUCCUAUCCCGAAGUGCUCAGCAAGCCCUUAAUCAGGUGAUCAUCGAUCACUUACUUCGCCAGGGUAGAUUUGAAACGGCCCAGACCUUUGCUCAGGAGGCUCAGGUUACCUCAUCUGCUCACGUCCUCGAAGCUUGUCAGGAACUCUUUCGGAUCAAUGACUGCUUAAAAGCUGGCGAUUUAGCACCUGCCCUCGAAUGGACCGAAAGGAAUCGGGAUUGGCUCGAUGCUCGGGAGAGUCCACUGGAGUUCGAUCUGCAUCGGUCUCAAUUCAUUCGAUUGUUAACUCAACCUGCCUUUGAUCAUCGCCCAAUUCACUCCGAACCAGGUAAGAACGCGAAGGACAAAAUGGAGGUUGAAGUCGAGUUAGGGUCUAGGGUAGAAGAAGAUCAAAAGAUGGAAUUGAGCUCCGGUGAUUUACAUCGCGACACUAAAAUCGAAGUUCCAAUCAUCAUGGAGCCGCAUUCUAAUCAACCUGAACUGGAGGAGGACCGACAUCAGGAAGAAUACACGAAAUCUCGGCAGUUAGCGCUAGAAUAUGCCCAGCAACAUUUCCCGAAAUUCUUUCCUAAAAGAUGGGACGAAGCCGUCAGGCUCACAGCUUCGAGUCUUUACACUCCAUUCUCCAGAUUGAAACGAUCACCCUAUUCUGAGUUUUAUCGAUUGACGGACGAUGCCGAUGCUGGCGACGAGUCUGAUUGCUCACAACUUUGGCUCCAUGCGGAUCAUCUCGUGCCUCUAUUUACCAAAGAAUAUUAUGCGAGACUAAGUUGGAGUAAGGAGUUGCCUUUGACGGUGGCUACUGAACUUGGCUCUGGUGGUGCGUUGGCCAAAAUCGCUAAAGUUAGAUCAGUCAUGAAAGAGAAAAGGACUGAAUGGAGUCAGGCAGAUGAAUUACCAGUAGAAAUUCCAUUACCAUUAGAAUUUAGAUUUCAUUCAGUCUUCGCGUGUCCGGUUUCCAAGGAACAAUCCACAGAGGCCAACCCCCCAAUGAUGAUGCCUUGCGGACACGUGAUCGCUAAAGAAUCUAUGCAAAAGUUGGCUAAAGGUGGAGGAACGGUCAAAUGUCCUUAUUGCCCCAGCAGUUCGUCCAUGAGCUCUGCCGUUCAAGUUUAUUUUUAAUCAAAAUCACCCUGAAUUCUCAAGGCAUCGCUCUACCUCGCAUCCAAUUAACAUAUUAUACGUAUCAAUCUGCGUUCUUUUUGGAGGCGCAAACCUCUAGUCAGUCAGUUCACGAUUUGUAGUUUCUUUGUUUCCGUCGUUUCCUCUUAGAAAGACGCAGAACGUUCUAUCUACAUGCACGUUGUAAAACAAUUGUAAAACAAUUCAAGUCUUCAACCUAGCCGGCGAAAAUGAUGUCUGGUUGGGACUGCAUGGCAGA